GCCGGUACAACUGCCGUGGAUGCUUUCCUUAGUCACAGGCCAACUAUGCUACCCAAAAUGGCACACACCACACCACGAAUAUCAAACUUGCUACAAAUAGUCUUGUAUCAACAAAACGUGACACUUGUUGCAAUGUUUUUCCGCUUGCUACUUGGAUUGGAUCAAAUGCUCGGUCUGCGACCCAACGAAGGUUUCUGUUCUGGAUGUCUUCCCCCUUCCUGGUGAGCGAGAGGGAGCCACACUGCGUCCUGGAACGAACGUGCUGUUCAGUUCAACGACGGCCUUCGGGCUGUGCUGGAACCCAGGGGUGGAUUGAGGCGAGUGCUCGGCUCCGAGUGUAGUGCAUGAACCGCGACAGUUUUUUUUUUUUUCUUCGAGGUGUGAAGGAGGGGUUAAGGUUGAUUAUCUUGAUCAAAAUGCUUGUCAUGCCGCGGCAGAAGCGUUGUCGCCUCCGGCCCAUGCACGCAUCUCCUCCUCAUUCCUUUGCCCCCCCAAUCGAGUUCAUUGAUGCUCCUUCAAGCUCUUGAGCAGUGGUAGACCCUUCCUAUUCCGGCUUCCACAUCCCGAUUCGUACCCCUUGACCCCCGCUCUCCUGUGCCCUCUUCCUGCUAGCGCUACCGGUGUUGGUGUGUCCGCCGAAAGCCCACGCACACCGCCGGCCGGGCUGACCCAACUUGCCCGUCUAAUGCCGACGAUUGUGUUCAGGUGAACUGGACGACCUUGAC